GCACGAUGUAGAUGUGCGUAAGCAAAAUGCACAGGCCAGAACGCAAGAUUUAAUUUUGCUCCAAUUCCGUUCCAUAGUCGAUUACAUGAAGUCCUUUAUAACUCUAUCAAGAAUAAGUCAAGAAAUUAGGUCAUUAACUUUUCUACAGCACUAAUGGAUUUGAAAGGCCACUGCCUUUAUAGGACAGGUGUUUAAUUUGUUGUCUAAACGAUUUUCUAACUGAACUAAACUGCCGUGUUAAUUUGACAAUUAAGGAACUUGCAGGGUCAAACGAACUCACGUUGAACAAACGAUAGUACCCGCUCUGCAUGUUACUGAAUAUAAUUAGCGUUCAAGGAUCUUCAACUCUUUGAAUGACAAUACAUCAAAAGCAAAACACCUUCGGACGGCCUACAUAUAACUCAAGUAUCAAAACAUUAAUUCGAUAAGAAAAUGUAUAUAAAUACCUCUGUUUCUGACUAUGAAUAACCGUUAUGUUAAGAACGUCCUUAUAUUUGCAUGUAUGCAUAUAGAAUUAGCUUUGUCCUUUGAACAUUUCAAUCUUAACUAGUGCUAAGACAGAAUACAUGGAUUGAUAGUUCAAAACUUUGUAUAUAAUUUCCUUUCCUAGGACAGAGGCAUUUACUAAAAGUCGGUAGCCAUUUCCACAGAAUGGAUGAGAAUUUACUGACUCCUGAUGAAGUUAUAGAAGAGCUAGGCGGAUGUGGGCGAUUCCAAUGGCGCCUCAGUAUCAUCGCCCACCUUAUGAAAACUUUAGCCGGCUGGAGCACCGUCAGCAUGCUUCUGAUAUCAGCGACACCGCCAUGGAGGUGUAUGGACAACGAACAUUGUAAUAAUGCCACGUUCAUGGCAACAAGUAAUGAUACUGCUAGCGUAUGUCCGACAAAAUCGUGUUACCAUGGAAAUGCAACGUGUCAGAAUAUACAAUUCGACGACGGACUUAACACCAUUGUAACAGAGUAUAAGUUGGUUUGCGGGAUGGAUUUCAUACCGAGCACAACUAUGACCAUUCAGAUAUCUGGACUACUUGUUGGAAAUCUCGUUUCUGGUCAAAUGGGAGAGCUGUUUGGAAGAAAGAGACCGUUUUUCUUUGCGGUUUUGCUAUUUAUGGUCUUCAACCUCGUCGGGUUCUUUGCCAACCACUGGGUGUUAUUUGCUGUUUGCCGAUUUUUCAUAGGGAUUGGGGUUGGUACAUUUAUGACCAUGAAGUAUGCAUUACUAUGUGAGUUUUCAUUAGCCAGCUGGCGAUCAUGGAUAAUUGGCUUCCCAUCCUGGCCAUUUCAAGCAUGUGUUUUCGCAUUGGUUGCGUGGUUUAUUCAGGACUGGCGGUACAUUCAACUCAUGAUAACGCUGCUUGGAAUUCCCUGCCUUGUAGCUUGGUGGUGGAUACCAGAAAGCUUUCGCUGGCAUGUAGCUCACAAUAGACUAGACAUUGCAGAGGACAUCAUUCAUCACGUUGCUAAAGUGAACGGAAAGACGCUAAAGACUACAGAACAUCUUCUACGCGUUCCAUCUACAUCUGAUAAGGACAAGAAACACACUGUUCUAGAUAUGUUUGCCUCAAGACAACUGAUUGUCGUGUCCGUCUUGUUGGCUUUGAACUGGGCAGCGCUUGGAAUUGUUUCAUAUGGUAUUUUGUUCGGAAUACAGUCACUGUCCGGGAAUAUAUUCUUCAACCUCUUUCUGUUUUCCGUGGUUGGCAUACCAGCGAAAAGCAUAGGGACCUGGCUUCAGAAUAAGUUUGGUCGACGAAUUACGGCAGCUAUUUGUUUCAUAAUGGUGUCUGCAGGAGGGUUUGUAGUCGGCGGUGUACAGUCAGCAGAUGCACCGAACAAGGACAACCUGACGAACAUUUUCGCCUUGAUAUCGUACAUCGGCAUUACAACUGCCUGGGGCCCCAUUCAGACGAUGACAAUAGAAAUCUACCCUACUGUUAUCAGAACCAUCGGAUUUGGUACCCUAAGUGUGUUUGGUCGCAUUGCUGCAAUGGUUGGACCACAACUUGUUUAUUUAGACUCGCGAGUACCUGGUAUAAUGUACCAUGUGAUUGGAGCCAUGGGACUUCUUUGUGCGCUAGGAAGCUUGCGACUUCCGGAAACCAAGGAUAAAAACUUAGCUGAUAAAAUAGCGAAGAGAAACAAAAUAUCUAAUGCACCUGAGUCUAAUAAUGUUGUUUGAAAGUGAUACUUGCAAUGCACAAACUGUAUGUUUGUUCUUAAACAUUGGUAGUAGGCUGUGUAUAACUAGCAUAUAUACAUAUGUUUACCUGUACUUUUAUGUAAACAGACACUCUGUAAACGUUUCUAAUUCAGAAUUUCUACCUGCAAACAACAAUACAUUUGUAUGUUCAGGAAAAUAAAACGAUUAUAAUAAUAAUAAUUUAUCUUCAUAAAUACAUAUUAAAGCAUAGCAUAGAUAUAUCCAUGUUCUUCAAACAAGAGCACAGGCAUUUUGAGCAAUACUAAGUAAUAGAUGACAUAAAAUUACAUUUUAUGAUAAAUAAUGGGCGGAGUGGGCAUAGCUAACUGUCGUAACAUACUACCUCAUUUGCUGACACAUUGUCAGCUCAGAAUCUCACAAGAGGAGUGUGUAUAGGAGAAGUAGGCAGACUUUAUAGCUUCAGCGGAAGUUGGAACUCUAAAUGAAUAAGCCUAGUACUUUCUGAUUGCCUAUCUGCAAUUUCAUAAUUAAUAAUGGGCGGAGUGAGCGUAAUUAACUGGUUAUCUCAUUGGCUGACACAUUGUCAACGCAAAAUCUGAUGCAGGAAUUGUGUAUCGGAUGAGUGGCAGUAGGCGGACCUUUAAACACCCGCGAAAGUUGAAACUCUUAAUGAUUAAGCCCAGUACUUUACGAUUGCUUAUCUGCAAUUUCAUUGCCACUCUAUACCUCCACCAAAUGCUAAAAUUACAGAAAAGAAAAGAAAACACUGCAUCAGAUAUGCAACAGUGCAUAUCUUUAUCAUGGUUAAGCCCACAUGAUAAAUAUAUUUUAAAUAAAAUAGUUAUAAGAGUAUAUAAAUUCAGUUAAAUAACAGUUCGAAAAUUAACCUUUCUAAGGCUGACUCUG